GAGGUGACAGCGACUGCAACUGCGACUACAGCAGCGGGAGGAGAAGAUGGACAAGAGGAAGGCCGGGCGACGCCGAGCUUCUUCGGAAAUUGUCACAGAAGGAAAAAGGAAAAAGUCUUCAUCUUCUGAGUUACAUAAGGAUUCAAUCAAGGAGUCCACAUUGUAUUUAGUUGUCAUGUCUUCUUGAUUCCCUGCAGUCUAUGACAGUUCUUCAGUCUUUUUUCUUUGAUUAUGACACUUUUAAAGAAUUCUGAUAACAAAGAUAUUAAAUGCAAAACCAGAAGAUGUUCAUGUGAAAUCACCACUGUCCAAACUCAGAAGCUCAGAACGGUGGGAUCUCCCUUUGCAGGGGUGGGGAAGAAGCCUCAGAAACGAGGUCCUUUCUCUAGACCGUAAAAAAAAAGGUGUCCGUGGCCGUACUGUCACUUCUAAGACAUCAUCAGAAAGGCAACUCAAAGUUAUGUUGACGAAUGUCCUAUGGACGGAUUUAGGACGAAAAUUCAGAAAGAUCCUACCUAGAAACGAUGCUAAUUUAUGUGAUGCCAACAAGGUGCAAUCAGACUCAUUGCCUUCGACAUCUGUUGACAGCCUAGAGACAUGUCAAAAAUUAGAACCUCUCCACCAAAGCCUUAAAUUAUCUGAAAGGAUACCCAGAGUUAUAUUGACGAAUGUCCUGGGAACGGAGUUAGGAAGAAAAUACAUAAAGACCUCUCCUGUAACUGAGGCCACUUUGGGUGAUACAGACAACUUGCAAUCAGAGCAGCUUUCUUCACCAUCUGAUGGCAGCCUAGAAUCUUGUCAAAAUCUAAAUCCUCACAAGAGCUUCUUUUUAAAUGAAAGGGGUUCUCAACCAAAUAAGACAGUAGAUAAGAAUUGUUCAAAGCGGGCUACACAUACCAAAGAAAAGAGAAGAGGUGAUGAUGGCAUUUCUCUUGUAGUGUCUGAUACUCAGUUUAAAGAUCUUAACAGUGAAAGUAGAGGUUGUGAUCAUCUUGAAGAGGGGAGCAGAAACAAGAAUGGUACAUGUUCCGAUUCAAAAAUGGAACCCACUCUGAUUUCCAGGAAGAGAAAGAAAAGGCUUAGAAGUAAUUUACCUGAUUCUUAUAAUACUACUUCUUUUUAUAAACCAGCAGAACUGACAAAAGAACAAGAAAAUGACUCAACAGUAUCGUCUGAGUUUGAAACGCAAAGUGAAAACCAUGAUCAAGAUCCAAAACUGCUUAAAGAAAUUACACCUGAACCUAUGAAAAGUGACUUUACUGAACUACCUUCACUUAACAGUCAGGAAUUGGCUUUGAGUGCUGCUCCCAAAAGCACUUCUGACUGUUCAAUUACUGAAACUGUUGAGAGCUCCAUUUCCACUGAUACUUUGGGGAUUGCUACCCUGGUUGAGAAGGAUGAGAAUAAGUUAAACACAAUAGAAAAGCCUCUUUUAAGUGAACACAGUGAAGGCAACCAAUCACUGAUUUCAGCUGAACCAAUUGUUGUUUCCAGUGAUGAAGAAGGACCCAUUGAACAUAAAAAUUCAGAAAUUCUUAAGUUACAAUCUAAGCAAGACCAUGACGUCAGUAAUGAGAAUGAGAGUAUUUCUGAAUCAGCAUUGUCAGAACUACCAUUGACUACAUGUGAAUCCGUACAGGCUUCAUCUGAAUUAUGUCCUGCCAUGGAAAACACUUCCUGUAUUAUGCCUAGUAAUGAGAUGGAUCUACAACUGGAUUUUGUAUUUACUUCUAUUUAUAUUGGUAAAAUAAAAGGAGCUUCUAAAGGUUGUGUUACAUUCACACCGAAGUAUGUUAAGAUCCCAUUUCAAGCUAGAACUUGUUGGGGUCCAGCCCCAACAGAUCCAGGGGUUCCCCAAGGUGUGGACGGAGUCGGCGAAGAAGGAAGGACACGGAGGCCGAGUUCAGUGUCCUUGAAUGAGGUCUUAUUGCUAGUGGAUACCACACAUUUAAAGAGGUUUGGUUUAUGGAAAAGUAAGGAUGAUGAUCACAGUAAAAGGAGUCUUGCUAUCCUUUUCCUCUGGGUCUCAUCACAUUAUCUUCAGGACAUUCAGACCCAAUUAGAAAACUCUAUGUUAAGCCAGCAAUCAAAAUCCAGUGAAUUCAUUUUCCUUGAGCUACACAAUCCUAUUUCACAAAGAGAAGAAUUGAAAUUGAAAGAUAUUAUGACAGAAAUAAGUACAACCACUGGAGAAUUAGAGCUUUCUUAUCCAUUGUCUUGGGUUCAGGCAUUUCCUUUAUUUCAGAACCUUUCUUCGAAAGAAAGUUCUUUUAUUCAUUAUUACUGUGCUUCAACUUGUUCCUUCCUUGCUGCUGCUGCUGAAGAAACGAAGAUGCAAUCAAUAUCUCAGCCCUCAAAUAUAGAUGCAGCCAAACCUAAUUACACCUUCCUGCAGAAGCAAAGUAGCGGUUGCUACUCACUUUCUAUUACAACUAACCCAGAUGAAGAAUGGCGAGAAGUCAGGCACACUGGACCUGUUCAGAAGUUGAUUGUAUAUCCUCCACCACCUACCAAGGGGGGAUUAGGAGUAACUAGCGAAGAUCUGGAGUGCUUAGAAGAAGGGGAGUUUCUUAAUGAUGUAAUUAUUGAUUUCUACCUUAAGUAUCUUAUAUUGGAAAAGGCAUCAAGUGAACUUGUUGAACGAAGUCACAUUUUUAGUAGCUUUUUCUAUAAAUGCUUGACGAGAAAGGAAAAUAACUUAACAGAAGAUAAUCCAAAUCUUUCAAUGGCACAAAGAAGACAUAAAAGGGUAAGAACAUGGACUCGCAACGUAAACAUCUUUAAUAAAGAUUACAUCUUUGUGCCUGUAAAUGAAUCGUCUCACUGGUAUCUUGCAGUUAUUUGUUUUCCGUGGUUAGAAGAAGCUGUGUAUGAAGAUUUUCCACAAACCAUAUCCCAGCAAUCCCAGGCUCAGCAAUCCCAACACAACAACAAAACAAUAGAUAAAGAUCUACGUACAACUUCAGCACCAUCCUUGGGUACAGUGGAUUCCCAAAGUACUGAGACGAGUAUGUCAAUACCAAAGAAAGUGUGUAAAAGGCCAUGCAUUCUCAUACUAGACUCCUUGAAAGCUGCUUCUAUACAAAACACAGUUCAGAAUUUACGAGAGUAUUUAGAGGUAGAGUGGGAAGUUAAACGAAAAACUCACCGUGAAUUCAGCAAAGCAAACAUGGUCGACCUAUGCCCUAAAGUUCCUAAACAAGAUAAUAGCAGUGAUUGUGGAGUAUAUUUACUGCAAUAUGUGGAAAGCUUCUUUAAGGAUCCUAUUGUUAAUUUUGAACUUCCAAUUCAUUUGGAGAAAUGGUUUCCUCGUCAUGUAAUAAAGACCAAACGGGAGGACAUUCGCGAGCUCAUUUUGAAACUUCAUUUGCAGCAGCAGAAGGGAAGCAGUAGCUAGUUAAUCUGUACAAAGAUGACAGAUGUUCUACAUGAUUACAGGAAAGCUGCUUACCAGCAUUUGUGUUAGCCAGCUCACAGAGAAGAAAAUAACUUGUAGUAGUUUUAUAAGUCAUUGGCCUUUAUUUAAAAUAUAUAAGGUGUAUUAUUAGAUUGUUGGGAUCUUAUAGAUGGAGAGGAAAUGGGGGUGAGAUACAUAAACUUAUUAGAUAGAAAUGGAAAUUUCAUAAAUAUUUGAUAUUUUUCUGAUUUAAUAUGCUUGGAUUAUGCAAUAGCAUAUGUAAUGUGGGAAUGUUUUUGUAGAUAAUAAAACUGUGUGAUCUGUACUUCCACAUAACGGGAGUUGAGGGGAGCUAGGUCCUCCCUGCUAACAGCCCCAGUGCUUGUCAAAUUUUUUGACAAGUCACGUGAUAUUGUAAUUCUAUUCUUUGCAGCUCAAGCAUGCAGUAUGAAUACUGUGUAUUUUUUUUUUAACGAAUUUAGUAUCAAGGCUUCAGAAAGUGCCAUUUAUGGCAUCCCUUCUGUAUAGUGUAAAAGGAAGACAAUGUUAGCAAGAUGAUAAAAAUUCAGUCUUUCAAAGCGCAGCUUAUUUUUCUCAUCUGCUAAAUGGAACCAUUACUCUGCUGUAAUUUUUUUCCUUUUUUUUUUAAAAAUUUCAUAUGUGGGGAACUGAGAAUUUAGUUCGUUCAUUCAGGGUGAAAUUUGUAACAAAAAAUGUUUUAAAAAUUAUAUAUGUAACUCAAUUUGAAGUAUAGCUAUAUACUGACUGCUACAUUACCCCAGAAUAUAUGUACACAAUUUAUGUAAGUAUACAAGAUAAAAUUGGUGUCCUUAUAAUUUUAAUUAAAAAAUACCCUCAAAGUCUUAUUUAUUGUUAGAACUAAAUAUAUAAUUUUAUAGCUCUGUUACCCAGUAUUCAUCUGUAAAGCCAGAUUGCUAUCAUUGCUUUUAUAUUUUUAAAUUGGUCUUUUUAGAGACCUGUAAUUCCCAUGGAGCUUACUUUUUUUUAUUCAGUGUUUAGGUAACAGUUACAAAUUCAUGUGCUGAGGGUGGUAUUAUAGAAAUACUUCAUAACCCUCUAAUGUUAUCAAGAAUAUUUUGAGGGGAUAAUUAUAGUGUAUUUUCUCAGAUAAGGAAAAUGUUUUUUUAAAGAAUAUUUUAAUCUUCUGUUUUAAGCAUCUCUUGGAUUUACAUUGUAACUGUAUAUAAAGCAGUGAAGCAAAGGAAAUUUCAGAUAAAGCUAAAAGUAGGAACAUUUUAUUUCAGAAUCAUGUGAAUUGAUAUUGUCAGUUAAGCCUCAGUGUUUUUAAGCUUUUGUUAAUCUUGUCACCAUCUUUAUAUUGUUAAAGAUAUUUGUCUUUUGGAGGUUUCCUAUAAAGAAUCUUAUAAUUACAUGCUUCAUUCCCAAUUUAUGUGUGUGUAGGAGGGGACUUUUUUAGGUGACUAUUAAUUGUUUCAUACAUCAGAUUUUGGUAGAGUAAAAAUAUAAUACAUUUUCUUGUGAUUUCUUAAUAUUUUUGUUUGUGUGUUUUUCAAAGAUACCACUGUCUUUUUAUCAUGUUUUGAAGAUUGUUUAAAAUUCAUUUUCCUAAAUUCAUGUGGGAAUGGUUUGAGAAUAUCAACAUUUUAUAUUAAACAUAUUUACAAUUCA